AUGGCGUUAGAGUUCGUGUCCAGUGAGAAAGGGAAAUCCAAGUUGUUUUUCGAAAGUUUUUUGUUUAUCAAGGAUAAACAAGUUGAUACCAAAAUUUAUUGGAAGUGCGAGCACUCCAAGAAAAUGAAGUGCAAAGCUCGUGUGAUUACGGUGAAUAACUUUGUGUCGUCAAGCAAUAACGACCACAACCACAAUGCCGACGCAGCGCAGCUGGAAGCCAAUAAGGUCAUGCAGAAAAUAAAGGAAGACGCAGAAAACACAAGAGAUACACCUCAGUUCAUUGUGUCCCAAGCUUCUGCUGGUUUGGGAAAUGCAGUUGCAGCUAAAUUACCAACAGUCAACAAUAUUAAGCGGACCAUUAGGAACGUCAGAGUGAGAGAAAACGUUGCACCGGCCAUACCAAGACAUCGGGAGGAGAUCAUUUUCCCAGAAGAGUUUACAAUUACCACAAACGGCGAACUUUUUCUCCUGCACGAUUCAGGGCCAGUAAAUGACAGAAUUCUGAUUUUUUCAACCGCACGUAACAUCAACCUUCUGGCGAUGUCCCAGCAUUGGUAUGCCGACGGCACAUUCAAAGUAGUUCCACCGCUUUUUCUACAGCUCUAUACCAUCCACGGGAUAAAAGACCAUGUAGCUAUCCCUUUAAUAUAUGCUCUUCUACCAAAUAAGACAGAGCAAACCUACUUAAAUCUUCUUCGAGAAAUAAAAAACCUACUUCCAGCUGAUGAUGCACAACCACAGACCAUCAUGACAGAUUUCGAAGUAGCAAUGAUAAAUGCCAUAAGAAUUGAGUUCCCGCAAACCAUACAUCGUGGAUGCUUCUUUCACCUCUGUCAAAGUAUUUUCCGACACAUUCAGGAAAAUGGCUUAAAACGGGAGUACGAGAGAAAUCCAGAAGUUGCGUUGACAUUAAAACUGCUUCCAGCCUUGGCAUUCGUUCCACCUCAAGAUGUAAUUCCUGCUUUUGAAGACAUUUGCGAGCAAAACAUUUUUUCUCCUGAACUGCAAGUUAUUGUUGAUUAUUUCGAAGACACGUGGAUCGGUCGCCCUCAACGACGUGGACGGCGCCCGCCCCAUUUCGCGAUCAACAUGUGGAAUUGUUUCGAUGCCGUACAACAUGGACUUCCAAAAACAAACAACGCAGUGGAGGGAUGGCAUCGAGCUUUCCAAAUGCAACUGUGUGCAGACCACCCAAACAUCUGGAAAUUUAUUUCGGCAUUAAAGAGGGAGCAGAGUAUAAACGAAUUACGAAUAGAGCAACAUAUCAGCGGGCAACCACCUACCAUCAGUCGUAAGGUAAAUUAUGCUAUGUGGUAUUCGGGUAACGGUAAGACAAGCUGA